UAAGAAACAAAAACAAAAGUGAAAAUCAAAAAUCUAUCGCGAAUUUUCGCCUCAAAAAAUAUUUUCUUAAAAAAUGAAUCUGCUGCUACAGAGAUCCACAAGAACCUUACUCUAUACAUUUGUUCAACAAAAUGUGCAAUUAGCAAGUUUUGUGCGUACUAAAAAAACAGAUGCCUCAAAUCCAGUCAGUAGUGGAGUUGCGCAGCAACAUAUCACGAAUCCUUUGUCCAAAAUAACACUUGUGCAACCCAAUCAAAGUAUGACAGUGACAACAUUUAAGGAGGCACAAAAAUUGGCCAAACGUCGUGAGCUGCAUUUGGUCAAACAACAGGAUUUCGAUACAAAAACCCAACGCGCUGUUUACAAGCUGGUUACCGCUGCCGAAAUGCUUUCCGAGGAUGUGGAUGAAAGCACAAUAGACAAGAAGAACAGCACCGAGAAGAAAUCUGAAAAAUCUCUCACACUUGGUUCGCGCAUAACCGAACAUGAUUUGGCGUCACGUUUGAAACAUAUAUCCAAAUGGUUGGCGAAAAAUCACGAAGUUUGCGUACUCAUACAAGGCAGUCCCGAUGAUAUGGGUAAAUGUGAGCGUAUAUUGAAAACUAUUGAACAAAGCGUUAAGGAACCGGAAAAUAUUGGACGCAUUGUACAGAAACGCAUCAAGGGUUCGCAUAUCAAAUUUAAUAUUUUACCCGUACCCAAGCCAACAGGAAAAACAGUGACGCAAUCAUGACAAGUAAUGCCCGUGCUUCGGAGCAAAAUAUUAACCGGUGCACGGUGCUAUUCCACGCAGCUACUUACGCAGCGUGCAGCGCAAAUAACGCAAGACUUUACAAAUACUAAAAGUCUUAGUUCUUCAUUUAGUGAUGAAAACAAAAAGCCAGUUAUUGUGUUCGGUAUUUUCACGGUUAUGCUAUUAGUUUCGAAAUAUUUCUAUUGGUUCAAGUUGAAGAAAAGCAGAAAAGCGCAAAGAUAGAACGGAAAGUGGGUCUUCAGUUCAGUUCUGACAUAGUUAUUGAAAACGCUUGCAUAAUUUUAAUUUGAAAAGAAUGUUUAAUGUUAUGUUUUUAACCUCAAAAUUGUAAAUUGCUUUAAGUUCAAGGAAAGUAAAUAUAAAAUAAGCAUAUGUAUGUCUAUGUUA